AUGGAUGAAGAGUAUGAUGUGAUUGUUCUUGGGACUGGUCUCAAGGAGUGUAUCCUUAGUGGUCUCCUCUCUGUCGAUGGCCUCAAGGUACUGCAUAUGGAUAGAAACGACUACUAUGGAGGAGAAUCAUCCUCUCUUAACCUCACUCAGCUAUGGAAACGUUUCAGGGGAAGUGACACUCCCCAAGAAAAUCUUGGAGCCAUCAGAGAAUACAAUGUCGAUAUGAUCCCAAAGUUCAUAAUGGCUAAUGGAACCCUUGUUCAAGCCCUAAUUCACACCGAUGUCACCAAGUACCUUAACUUCAAAGCCGUUGAUGGUAGCUUCGUCUACAACAAGGGCAAGGUAAUCUAUAAAGUCCCAGCCACUGAUGUGGAAGCCCUAAAAUCCCCAUUGAUGGGUCUAUUCGAGAAACGACGUGCAAGAAAGUUCUUUAUCUAUGUUCAAGACUACGAUGAGAAAGAUCCUAAGUCUCACGAAGGACUUGACCUUAGCAAAGUCACUGCUAGAGAGAUCAUCUCGAAGUAUGGACUUGAAGAUGAUACAAUCGACUUCAUCGGUCAUGCCUUAGCGCUUCACAAUGACGAUGACUACUUGGAUCAACCGGCCAUUGAUUUUGUUAAGAGAAUCAAGCUCUACGCGGAAUCUUUAGCUCGAUUCCAAGGAGGAUCUCCUUAUAUCUACCCAUUGUACGGUCUAGGAGAGUUGCCACAGGCUUUUGCGCGUUUAAGCGCUGUGUAUGGAGGGACUUACAUGCUAAACAAGCCUGAAUGCAAGGUUGAGUUUGAUAGCUCCGGAAAAGCUAUUGGUGUGACUUCUGCGGGAGAAACUGCUAAAUGCAAAAAAGUUGUGUGUGAUCCUUCUUACUUGUCUGACAAGGUUAAGAAAGUUGGGAGAGUGACUCGAGCGGUGUGUAUAAUGAGCCAUCCUAUUCCAGACACCAACGAUGCUCACUCGGUCCAAAUCAUUCUUCCUCAGAAGCAACUUGGCCGCAAAUCAGACAUGUACUUGUUCUGUUGCUCAUACGCUCACAACGUGGCACCAAAAGGCAAAUACAUAGCUUUUGUCUCUGCAGAAGCUGAAACUGAUAAUCCAGAAGAAGAGCUUAAACCUGGAAUCGAAUUGCUUGGACCUAUAGAUGAGAUCUUCUACCAUUCUUAUGACACUUACGUUCCGACCAAUAAGCAAGAAGAAGACAACUGCUUCAUCUCUGGUACUUAUGAUGCAACAACACAUUUCGAGAGUACAGUUGCAGAUGUAUUAGAGAUGUACACCAAGAUCACUGGAAAGGUAUUAACGCUCAUCACUAUGUUUCUUGGUUCAGAAGUAAAACGCAGCAGCAGAUCUUCUCCUCGCCCUCGAUCAACAGCUUCACACAGCCCAUCUGUUCAUACUGAAAGAUCUACUCCACGUCCUUCAAGCUACAGUUCACCUCCUAAGACUGAAACAUCUACUCCACGCACUGCAAGCUACACUCCAUCUCCUGAGACUGGUAAUAUUUCGUUGUAUUUAGUAGUCAUAUAUCUGGAAAAAUCAUUUACUCGUCAUGACUACCACUCGAGCGGAAGUACUAGUGACGAUUACGACUUCUCCUGGUGGAAACGUCGUAGUAGUAGUGAUGAAGGGAUGUCUUCUGGUUUCAUGGAAGAAAUUAAGGAUGCUAUAAAAACCUACCAAGCCUCUAAGAAAGACCCUGUAGCAGCAGCAGCCGAAGUUGCAAAUACCAGUGGUUCCAUUGCAUGUGUCACUCAAGCCAAAGCUUUCCAGGAUUGCCUGGACGAGUAUGAAACAGACAUAAGUAAAUGUCAAUCGUUGAUGGACAUGUGGUGUAAGUGCAAGAAGAGUUCCAUGCCACUUUAACCACCUAAAGGCUUCAGUCAAAUUAUUUGCCAGUUAUUGAAAAAUUUGUCAUCCAAAUAUCGUGGUCUUUCUUCGUGAUGUAAUGAUUUAGGAUCUUGCCAUUCUCUAUAAUAAUCAAUGUUUUUCUUUUUU